UGGCUGUCUCGUGAAUAAGCCCUUUCUCUGCUGCAAACCUCGGCGUCUGGGCGUUUGGCUUGCUGUGCUAUGGGCGAAUGAACCUGGUUCCGUGACACUAGGUUUUAAUUUUUUCGGACAGACUGUUUCCCGAAGUAGCUUCACCAUUUUACAUUCCCACCGGCAAGAGUUACAGUUGACCCUUGAACAACAAGGGUUUGAACCGUGUGGGUUCACCUAUACGCAGAUUCGUUUCAAUAAAUAUACAAAAAUAUACAUGGAGGACAAAGUGUGCAAGACUUGUAUUGAAGUGGAUAGCCUUAUCCUUACAUAGGCAUAAGGAAAAUCCUGCAAAAAUGUCUCUGUACCCAUCUCUUGAAGACCUGAAGGUAGACAAGGUGAUUCAGGCUCAAACUGCCUUUUCUGCAAACCCUGCCAACCCAGCAAUUCUAUCUGAAGCUUCUGCUCCCAUCUCUCAAGAUGGAAAUCUCUAUCCUAAACUGUAUCCGGAGCUCUCUCAGUACAUGGGCCUGAGUUUAAAUGAAGAAGAAAUAUGUGCAAAUAUGGCCAUGGUCCCUGGAGCACCAAGUCAGGGGCAGUUGGUAGCAAGAGCUUCCAGUAUGAACUAUAUGGUGGCUCCUGUAACUGGUAAUGAUACUGGAAUCCGCAGAGCAGAAAUUAAGCAAGGGAUUCGGGAAGUCAUUCUGUGUAAGGAUCAAGAUGGAAAAAUUGGGCUCAGGCUUAAAUCCAUAGAUAAUGGUGUAUUUGUUCAGCUGGUCCAGGCAAAUUCUCCGUCCUCGUUGGUUGGCCUGCGAUUCGGGGACCAGGUGCUCCAGAUCAACGGGGAGAACUGUGCUGGCUGGAGCUCCGACCGAGCACACAAGGUGCUCAAACAGGCUUUCGGAGAGAAGAUUACUAUGACCAUUCGUGACAGGCCCUUUGAACGGACAAUUACCAUGCAUAAGGACAGUACUGGACAUGUUGGCUUUGUCUUUAAAAAUGGGAAAAUCACAUCCAUAGUGAAAGACAGUUCUGCAGCUAGAAACGGUCUUCUCACGGAACACAGCAUCUGUGAGGUCAACGGACAGAAUGUCAUUGGACUGAAGGACUCUCAAAUCGCAGACAUACUGUCAACAGCUGGGAAUGUAGUUACUAUUACAAUCAUGCCUGCUUUUAUAUUUGAACAUAUUAUUAAACGGGUGGCACCAAGCAUCAUGAAAAGCUUGAUGGAUCACAGCGUUCCUGAGGUUUAGAAGUCACGGCGCCGUGGGAACUUCACUGAAGUUCUCCCGUUCACGUCUCCGGCAACUUACCUGUGUAUUGUGCACAUGAAGCUUUCUAGGAGCCAGCAAGCAUAUGCUGCAUGAGGGCCUUCCUGUCUUACAGUAGGCCUGGGAAUCUUACUGUGUGAUCUGAUAUCUUGUUCAGACUUCAAGAUAGUUGUAGCCUUAUCCUGAUUUUACAGUGGAAAGACUUACUUUCAUAGACUAGUGUCUUUACUGGAAACCAGAUGCUUUUACACCCGUGUCAUUAGGAUGACUGAUAGAGGCUCCGCUUUGUUGGAGCCAGUCACCUUCAGUCCUGGGUAUCAGGUAGUGCUGUUCAUAUCACUUUAGUUCUAUGGUAUAGGUGCAUUUUUACUGUUACCAUAGUACAUUUAGAAUGAUUACUUUUUUCUUUCAGUUCUGUUUGUAUAAAACACCGAUUAAGUAACACUGGUUUCAUUCCGUGUAAGCAUUAUUAUACAGUGUAUGUAGGCUGCAAGAGACUGUAUUGACUAUCAUUACAUUUUAACUACCUUUACUUAAUAUGCUUGGACUGUCGCCUUAACAAACAAUGUUAAGCAUCUAGAAUAAAAGCCAAACUAUUGCUGCCUUUCUAAAACCCCAAAUGCAGUUCUCUGUUAAAUUGAAACGGACACUAGCCAGAGCAGUGUAACGGUACAUACAGCUGCUCAGUUGCAUUUGAGAUUUUCUAGUCCUUGUGUAAUGGAAACUUUUCCUCUAAAAGUUACUGGUAUCACUUUCUGAGAAAUGAAUCAUUAUAUAUUUAAUGUAAAAAUUCUUGUACUAAAUAGGAUAAACUUUGACUUCUUUUUCAUGUGUAGAUUAAGUGGGAUAAUACCUGGUUUUGGCACUUACAUGUAACCUAGCUGCUUUGGGAUGUCUUAGAAUGCUAUCCUGUUAAUUUGUUCCAUUUCCUGACCCCUCCCUGCAAACAGAAUGACAGUGAUACGUCAUCCUGAUUUGUUUUUCCUUCUCUUUGGUUUAUGCCUAUUCUAUUUUAAUUAAAAAUGUAUAAAUAAAGUUAGAUUUUUAGUCUG